CUUCCUGUGUUUCUGCUCCUCCCAGUUCAAAGAUGGCAGCCAUGGGACAGAGACGAGAGACGACACAAAUUUAGGACUUUUGUCAUGAAACAAAACUGGGUUGCAGAGCUGUUACCUCCAUUGUUUUGAGAUAACAGUGAAUUAAACUGUCACCGCCAAUGUGUCGUCUUAGGAAUAGUUUAAAAGGGUUCAGAAAUAUGUUUUCCUGUGGGCUAAGCUAGCAAGCAAAGGUUAGCAAAUAAAUGAACUUGUCUCUUCUGCCACACAAGAAGGAAGCAGUUGCCUUUCAUACGGUCUAUUGGCAUCUUAUAAGCUCAGUUUCAUCAUGGCCAUCUCUCAGUUCCGUCUAUUUAAGAUCUGCACAUGCCUAGCCAGCUUUCUUUCUUUCUUUAAAAGGUUAAUAUGCAGGAGUGGAAGGGGCCGCAAGCUCAGUGGUGAUCAAAUAACUCUCCCAACAACAGUGGAUUUUUCAUCAUCUGUACCAAAACAGUUACUUUUGUCUGCACAGCCAGAGAUUGAGGAAUGGAGCUCUUGGGAUGAAGAGGCUCCUACAAGUAUUAAGAUUGAAGGUGGCAACGGCAAUGUCUCCCCCCCACCCAACGAUGUAGAUGAAGAGCCAGACUACUUCAAAGACAUGGCUCCCACCAUCAGGAAAACACAGAAGAUUGUGUUAAAGAAAAGGGAGCCUUUGAACUACCUGGUGCCUGAUGGCUCAGCAGGCUUCUCCAGCAGAUUGGCAGCCUCUCAGGAUAUGAUGACUUUCAUUCCCCCCUCAGCUGAACUGGGCGAAAUGGACACCUGGCAGGAGGACACAAAUGCCUGGGAGGAUGAGUCUGAUGCUGCCUGGGAGGCAGAGGAGGUGCUCAGACAACAGAAGAUGGCUGAGAGAGAGAAGCGCUUCAUGGAGCAGCAGAGGAAAAAGAUGGAGAAAGAAGCUCAGAGAAUGAUGAAGAAGGAGCAGAAAAUUGCCGUCAAGCUCUCAUAACAUUUUAAAGAGGCUCACUUUUGAGCAACAGGAAUUGGGGGUGGGGGAGGGGCAAAGACACUAGCUCAAUCAUUACUCUGUCUUUAAAGUCACCAAACCUACCAGGAUUCUUACUGUACACUACUCACAUGUUAGCAGAUUGUCCUCCUCCUUUUUUCCACCAGCGGCGUUUUAGUGUAUUUUCCAGCUGCAGCGGCGUAACACAUGGCAAUGUUGGGGGCAGCAGGUAUUCUCACUCUUCAUGUGGCAGGGUCAUUUUGGUCUUUAAGGGAGAUUUAAGGGAGAUUGUGUUUAUACCAUCCAGAUCAUUUUAGGUUAAAGGUCAGAAGCGGCUUUCUGAGAUUCUGAUUAAAUCUGUAGGAAAAUCUUCCAUUUUGGAUUUUCCAGGAACAUUUGUAAAUAAACUGGUACCUGUGCUACCUGUUGAAACUGACACAGGUAGUACAUUUCCCUUUCUUGAUCCUUUUUUUUUUUUUUUUUUUUCUAAUUUUUACAACCUCAAAGGGCAAGGACGUCUAAUUUAUUUUAUGCAUCACUGAGUAACAGUGACAUCCCUUGGUUUGCUUGAUUUUAUUUUUUUUAUAUUUAUGUCUUUGUCUGACAACUGAUCUGUUCAUUGUUUUUUUUUUUUUUAAUGAAUGAUGCUUUUAUAUUUCACAUUAUCUCCCUGUGCUGUAUGGCCCUUAUUUCGCUGGAAAUCUGCAUUAAAAUGAAGGCUGGAGAUUUUCAAAGUGCGUGUGGAUACAUGAUGGUAGACUAGAACGUAGCCAAUGCAGAUGUUAGUUGUGGGUUCCUAUGGUAAUCUCACUGCACCACAUCUGCCAUUCACUCAUCUUUGUCAGCCCUUAAUAUUGAAGGAGAAUUUCCAAUGAUUGAUGCUUUUUUUUUUUUUUUUUUUUUUCCCCCUUUUAUCUUGGGGGAGGAAAUCUUGCUCUGCUGUUAAAUAGUUGAUGAAUUGUGUGCAGAGACCCAGUACUUAAAAAACAUGGGUCAUCAUCACAGUGGACACUCAUACAGUAAUCUUGGCAAAUAAUGGGCUGAUGGAUAAACGUUUCCUAGCACAUCAUUUUAAGUAAGUGCUUCUGACUGAGUAUCUUGUUAUGCAUCAUUGUAAUGAAAUUCCCAGUCAGUGUUGUCAUGGAAACAUUGGCAAGUGCAGAUACAGCAUGUGUUCGUCCAUGACUUGUGAUAAAUGGUGCAAAGCAAGUCAAAGAAGACAUAUCUGGGUUAAUAUUAUCCAAUGAUUUACUGACAAAAUUUCCAUUAAAAUUUCAAUGAUAAAAUGAAUAUGAAAAUAAUUAGAGCAUGACUAGAUUCAAGAAUGAAAUUAAAAGCAGGUGUGGAUUUAUUUUCUUUGGAAAUGCCCUUUCCUCCUCAUUUUCACUGAGAAAGGCUGCAUGUCAUGUUUUUCCUUCUUAAAUUUUGCACGUCAUGAUUUCUUAUUUCAGAAAUUAAUCAUUAAAAUCCUGUUUUUGCACAUGCUUAAUGGUAAAAAUAGCAGUGGUUGAGCACAACAUAGGACUAAUAUGAAGUAAUGAGUCCAGAGUUGACAAAUUGUAUCCCUGCUGUAUUAGACCUACACAGGUUUUUAAUAAAUUUUGAUUCAUACCUUCAACUGAAG